AUGUAUACGUCGCUGCUGUUGUUGCAGCUCGUUUCGCUCGCGUACUCGCAGACGUAUUUAACGGAUCUUGACGAGAGCCGUAUUGUUGGAGGCCAGCCAGCGAGUAUCGAUGAUCAUCCGUACCAGGUGUCCCUUCGAUUUAACAAUCGGCACGUAUGCGGUGGCGCUGUCAUUAGCGAGGAAUGGAUCGUCACGGCCGCGCACUGUGUCCAGAGCCCGUUCGUUCGAUUCUUCUCGAUCAAGGUGGGCACUUCUGACCUCAGCGACGACAACGCCACCGUAGCCACCGCGGCAGAAAUCAUCCGUCACGAAAGGUACGACAGGAGCAUUGCAGAUUACGACAUCGCUUUGAUACGGCUGGAAAAGCCGCUGGUGUACAGCUCGCGCGUGAGGCCGAUCCUGCUGGCACCGGUAGCCGAUCAUUAUGCGGCCGGUAGUAAGGCGAUGGUUACCGGUUGGGGAGUGCUGAGACGCGAUGGUCCAUUGAGCACGCGGUUGCGUAAGGUCCAGGUGCCACUUGUUUCUAGCUCGCAGUGCUCCCGAUUAUACCUGACCAGACCGAUCACACGAAGAAUGAUUUGCGCCGGUUACGUGGACGAUGGCGGCAAGGAUGCGUGUCAGGGUGACAGCGGAGGUCCAUUAGUGCAGCACGACAGACUAAUCGGAAUCGUAUCGUGGGGCUUCGGCUGCGCGCGGCCAUCUUACCCAGGCGUUUACACACGCGUCACGGUUCUUCGAAGUUGGAUCACCAUGAAAACCGGUCUAUGA